UGGGUGGUUGGGAAGGUAGCGCUCCAAUGAGCUGGGAGGGCGGUCCGGGUGACGGUUCUGCUUGUUGCCCGGUGGGAAGGGGAGGUUUUUUUUUUGGCUGAAACUUUAAUGGCGGCCUGAGGGAGAGAUGUGGUACAGGGGAGCUGGAGCUUUGAGAUGAAGAAAGGACGAUUUAUCUGGAAAGGUUGGUGUACGAUGCAAUUCGAGAAAGAACAGAAGAUUUCUCCGGUGUUCUGGCCAAUACUCCUCUAACCAACAUCACCAAAAAACUGAUCCAACUAUUUAGCAACCUGAUUGCUGCUUGUGGAAUGUUGCUGGCCUAUAAUGGUUAUGUUUGCCUAGCUUCCUGUUGCUGGGAUGAGAAGAAAAUCAAACCUGCAAAGCUUCAGUUGUGAUCAAAUGGAGGGUGAUGUGGGAUUCCGCAAUAGGCAAAAAUACAAGGAACUGGAGUGGGAGGAGCUGGAAGACAGUACAUUACCAGAGCCAUCUUGUCAGCUCUCUGCCAAUGAAUUUUCCUGUCAUUGCUGCUAUGAAAUUUUAGUAAACCCAACUACUUUAAACUGUGGACACAGUUUCUGCCGACAUUGCUUGGCAUUGUGGUGGGAUGCCUCCAGGAAAACAGAAUGCCCAGAAUGCAGAGAAAAAUGGGAGGGAUUUCCUAAAGUUAACAUUGUCUUAAGGGAUGCUGUUGAAAAGCUGUUCCCUGAUGAUGUCGCACGACGACAGGAGGAGACACAGAACAACAUAAAAAUCUCAAAUAGCAUUUUGGCUUUCCAGAAAUAUGGUAAUGAACAGUCAAGAGCUUUAAACAACUCGGGGCAAUGGCGACGAGGAGGUGGCUUUUUCUCAGGAGUACUAACUUCUUUAACCUGUGUGGCAGUGGUUUUUCUAGUUUAUCUCUGGAGUAGAGAAACUGAAAAAGAUCUCCUCGUACACAAACCGGUGACUAAAUGGACUGCAAAGGAAGUGACUCUCUGGUUAGAGCAGUUGGGUCAAUGGGCUACUGUUUACAAGGAGAGGUUUUUAGAGGAGGAAGUUAAUGGAAGGCUAUUAUUGACUCUAGGCGAAGAAGAGUUUUCAAAGCCUCCUUUCAACAUUGAGAGAGAGCUUCAUAGAAAAGCCAUACUAAUGGAAUUAGAUAAUGUAAAAGCACUUGGAGUGAAACCCCCUCAGAAUCUCUGGGAAUACAAGGCAAUGCAUGUAGGCAAGUCACUGUUUCUGCUGUAUGCGCUGAAGAGCUCCCCACGGUUGACCAUGCUGUAUCUCUACCUGUUUGAUUACUCAGAACUAUUUCUGCCACUUAUUCAUACCAUUUCUCCUGAGAAAACUGAGAUGACUGAGGAUGCAGAUAUUUUUCGCAAGUACUGGUCUGAUGACAUCAGCUUGAAGCAGUGGGCUGAGUUCCUUGUGAAAUACUCCCUGAUUCCAUAUCAGUUAAUUGCUGAAUUUGCUUGGGAUUGGUUGGAUAUGCACUAUUGGACAUCACGUUUUAUAAUCGUGAAUGCAAUGCUUCUAUCAGUCUUGGAAGGCUUUGCAUUCUGGAGACUCUGGUCAAGAGGAGGACUCAGGAGUAUUCCCCAGAAAAUGUGGAGUCAUUUCUGGAAGGUGUCAAGCCAAGGAAUCCUUGUUGCUAUUUUAUGGCCAAUAAUUCCUCAAUUUAUUUGUGACUGUUUAUUUUACUGGGCUUUGUACUUCAAUCCAAUUAUAAAUAUUGACCUGGUGGUCAAGGAAGUCCGGCGUUUAGAAACUGAAAUACCAUGAAUAUUUGUGACUAAAGUGGAGCAGUCAUAUUACAUGCCCAAGAACAAUUUCUUACAAAAGAACUGUUAAUGGUGUACAUAUCUGUAAAUACUGUUUCAGUGUCUAGCCAUUUGCGCAAACAUACUGAAACAAAUGUUCAGAAAUGACUGUAUAAUUCAGAGUUUAAAGAACUCAAAUCUUAAAUCUGUAUUCCUUUGUUCAGCUAUGUGGAAGUUAAUAUGCUAUGACUGUGAACUGAUUACCAUUCUGUAAGGGUAUUCUUCAGUACUGAUUACUGCAAUUAACAUAUUCUUGUCCUUACGCAACUGGUUUCCUGCAUUUUUAACUUCUACAUUUCUCCUUUGUUUCUCACCUCUCAAACUUCACCCGGGAAAGUAAUUGCUUUUACAUCUGGAGAAGUUUUUUUGUAUAAUACAAUAACACUUGCAAUUCUGCAAACUACAUGUGCCAAGUCACCCUGUACGUUUUCUUGUAUGUCAAGGGCUACAGUACAUCAUGUAUCAUAAAUGUAAAUUGUGGACAGAUGACAGUUUCAACUCCUAUAUUUAACACCUGUCUUCAUAAAUAAUUUAUUUGGCUGAUUUGAAUUUUUGAAGUUGAAUAUAAAACCUGUGAAUUUUUGUAAUCAAUUUGCUGAAUAAACUCUAUUUUUGCAUUUCUUUUAUGGUUAAUCAUACUGGAAUAGCACAUUGUUAAAGCGAUAUAGCUGAUUGAAUGAAUGUAAAUGAUGACCUGCAAUCUUGUUUCCUACCAUUGAAAUUGUCAGUUUCUGAAAAGUGAUUAAAUUGAGUUUUUUUAAAA